AUGAACGACACUGGUUCCGCGACCGGCAACAACAUUGAUCCCCUUGCUGUCAAUAACUUUGGUUCCCCUGCCGCUGAUAGCAUUGAUUCUGCUGUUAACACCACUGGCUCCCCUGACAAUACCCACAACGUCAAGGUUCACUAUCAUGGUAGCAUCCAGAACACUGGUUCUGGGAACGUUAUUUUGGUUACGUUCGAUCGCAGGUGA